UUUAUUCUGAAAGGGACAUCCGGUGUGAUUCUGUUGAGCUCGUCGUGUGGAAGUAAGGACUGACUCCCACUGACAGACUGAACCAAGUUUCUGCUCGCUGGUGCCAACGCCCGGCGAAACCUACAGCCACCGAUACCAUUACAGUUACGGGUAAAAUAGUUCUCACAGUUGCUAACAGCAGCAGAAAGCACAGAGAUGCAGACGAUCAAAUGUGUUGUGGUGGGUGAUGGUGCAGUAGGAAAAACCUGCCUGCUGAUUUCAUACACCACCAACAAAUUCCCUUCUGAAUAUGUACCAACAGUAUUUGACAACUAUGCAGUAACUGUAAUGAUUGGAGGUGAACCAUACACCCUGGGGUUAUUUGAUACAGCAGGUCAGGAGGAUUACGACAGGUUAAGACCCCUAAGCUACCCUCAGACCGACGUCUUCCUAGUUUGUUUCUCAGUUGUGUCACCUUCUUCUUUUGAGAAUGUUAAAGAAAAGUGGGUUCCUGAAAUAACUCACCACUGUCCCAAGACCCCGUUCCUUUUGGUAGGCACUCAGAUUGACCUGCGCGAUGACCCUUCUACAGUGGAGAAGUUGGCCAAGAACAAACAGAAGCCGAUCACCCCUGAGACGGCAGAAAAGCUGGCUCGUGACCUCAAGGCAGUCAAAUACGUCGAGUGCUCAGCCCUAACUCAGCGGGGACUGAAGAACGUAUUCGAUGAGGCUAUCCUAGCCGCAUUAGAGCCCCCCGAAACUCAGAGAAAGAGAAAAUGCUGUUUGUUCUGAUGUCUUCUUAACGUCCUUGCUUUGCCUCUCAAUUGUCUGCUGCUUAUUGAUAGCAAAGAAAUGUCUGUCACUGAAGUAACCAUGCAUUUCUUUGAAACUCUGUGCCUGUUUACUGUUUUCUUUCUGUUUGUGUACUUUCUUUUCAACUCGGUCUAACCACGAUCACACAUGUUGCCUAAGAUGACAGAAUGCCAAUUUUCAAUUUCACUUUGUGUGCAAAUUAAUACAAUAAGACACAAUUAAGAUGUGUUUUUUUUUUUAAUGGUAGGAACAAAGCUCAUGUGUUGUAUCCUGUAAGAAACAUUUGCUAUUAUUUUGUCUUACAAUAGUAGUGAUUUUUUUUUCUGCUAAAUCAAGAUCUUUACUCAUCUUGAUCAUGGAGAGAAUCUUACAAAACAUUAUCUGAAUAAAGGAAAUCUUUCAUUGCCCUGCCUCAUUUCUACUCGUUUUAGGCUCUAGCAGAUGCAAAUGUGUUUGUCUGGACUACCUUUUUUGAAUAAUAACAUUUUGUUUUCACAGAAAGGAUUAAAGAAUGUGUUUGAUGAGGCAAUACUGGCUGCCCUGGAGCCUCCCGAGCCUAAGCAAAAACGUAAAUGUGCUCUGCUCUAAGCUUCCUCACGCUGGUCGGUCCUCACAUCCUUUUCUAAAUUUAACUUGAUGGUAUUCAAGAGGUUUUUCUGCAGAAGCACAUUCCACCACGAGUUGAGAUAUAAAAUAUUAACCAUCUCACUGACUUAACAUGAAAGCUUCUUUUUCAUAUGUAAAAUGAUUUUGAGGCUGAAUAACCUUUGAUGUCACUUAAAAUGACUGUACAUGAUGUAAAACCUCACUGCUUAGGCCGCUGACAAAUUGAAGAAGACGGUUUAAAGAAUUUUUGUGGGGGUUUUUAUUCCAAAAGGACCAAUGUGUGUUCAAUUUUUUUUUAGUUUCCUGUACAAACAAAUGCUUACAUUUUUCUGUAAUGCUUCCUUCCUGUUAAAAUUGUGACAUAACUUUGUUUCAACUGUAUUCCUCCUGUUUUGGUCAUAGAAGUGUUCUUCACGCCGUUUGGAAAAGUUUUUUACUCCCAAGAGUUGGAUGUUAAACUCUUAUGGAGGCUUUGAAGUUGUAUUCAGAAAUAAAAUUCAGAUGACUGUUGCUGUAGAAACUUUCAAAGCGUUUGUAUCAGAGUGCUUCAAAACAGUUUGAGCUCCUAGUUGUCCCUUUUAGUUUUCCAACAAAGUGUGUUACGGAGGUGAUGCAAGGUGAGUUUAUCAGACUCAUUAGCUACUCAGCAUCAUUUACACUUUGAGAUUCUAUGGGACUGAACUACUUCUUUUACUACAUUCGAACUUAUUCAAGGGUAGGAGCUUGAAUUUGCAAAUAUAGUUGUGAUAAUGUAUUCAUUCAAAGUUUAUUAAUAAUGCGGUUCAAAGAAACCAAGAUGGAAUUACGAGGAAAAUGCAUCUGAUUUGUAUUAAGUUUGACAAGUUGUGUUUUGGGGAUUUUUAUUGCUUGUAAAAGAACCACAAUAAAGCAGUAUUAUAAUUAUA